UAAUGUCUGGUAGUGAUUCAGAACUUGAAAUGAUACCUUUUGAGGUAGCUAAAUAAGCAGAAAUUGAAAGAAAAAGAUAAGUAGCUGAAUAGAAAACAUAAGCAAAUUAAAAAAAACAAUUAUAGAAGGAUUAAAUAAAACAGAAAAUUAAAAAGGAUAAAGAAAUAUAAUUAAAAGCUAAACAAACUAAUUUAUUUGAAGAUGAACCUCCUGAAUAAAGUAGUAGUACUUAAUCACAUUUCACUAAUAAUAAAAUUGAUGAAUCAUUCUAAAGAAAUUUGAAUGAAAAAUUAUCUGAAAAAGUUAUUAAAUCCAUUAAAAUGCCAUAAAUAUAAUAAGCAACAACAAUCCCAAUUGAAAUUAAAUCUAAAAAAAGUAUAUAUAUAUAUAUAUAUAUAAUCAUAGUAAUUAAGAAAUUUAAUGAAAAAGUAUCAAUAGAAACAUUAGGAAGAGAAGUGGAUCAUAAACAAAAUUCAUUAUAAUCAUUAAAUUUCUUAAAGUAACAUUUAAUUGACAAAUAAUAAAGAGUACCUUUGUCUAAAAUCAUUUCAAAAAAAAAAUGA